GAUGAUCCAUCGAGUAGUUUUGUUGGUGAUUUUUUUUGGCUUGUACUUUUGCCAAAGUGAAAAACAUAAAUAUGAUUCGCAAAAUAAGAAAUUUCUAAUGGAAGUGAUGAAAGGUAUGUCAAGUACAAGUCAGAAAGAAACAGAUCAUUACUUCUUACUAAACGUCAAAUUUAAUACAGAUAAACUAAAGCCUUUAAGGGUGCAACAAAAUAUAACGAUUUCCUACACGCUAUCUCAGGAAAAUGAUGACUACAUGAUUACAGAACACCUCAAGAUUAUUUACACUGACAAAGAAUAUUUAAUCUCAUCUUACGAAGAAAGUACUGAAGUAGUGUCUUUUAAAUGUAAUAACAAAAAAAAUAUACAUUAUAAAUUUUUCCAAUAUGAUCCUAAGGAUACAAAUAAAAACAAUAGUACGGACCAAAAAGUGAAUUUAUUUAUAAAUGGAAAAGGGUUGAUCGGAAACUUUUCAACAAAAUUGACACCAAAUAAUUUUAUAAUCGACAGCUUUUAUCUCGAAGUUUGGAGUAACAUAAGUUAUAAAGAAGAAAACGUUGGAAAUUUAAAAUUAAUAAAUUAUAAUUUAACACAUGUGGACGAAGAAUACAUCCAUAUUUUCAAUAGAAGACCCAAUUUAAAGGCGAUGUUUAUGAUAAAAGACAUGACAAUUAACAGAGUUCUACAGGGAUCAUUUAGUGAUUCUUGUUGGUACUUCUUCCCUCCAAAAAGGGACGAGACACAAAGAAUUGUGCGCUGCGCUUUUGAUUCCCUAGAUAAUAUCAAGGAAUAUACAUCAACAUCAUCCUGUAACACAGAUAAAGCGGAUGACAAAUAUAUUAACAAUAUAAAAAUAGGAUGUAAAUCAUUAACUAAAUCCGAUGAUAGUGAAAACAACGGAUUUCCAUGUGCAGAUGCCACUGACGACACUGAACGUGAAAAUGAGGAGCAUUCUCUUAACUCCGCGUGGGGAAGUGGACACCCAACCGACAAUGAUGAUGACGACUUAGAAUAUGAAAGUGGCGAUGGUUCAGGUAAUUCUGAAUGGGGAAGCGGAUCAACAAAAGCCGACGUUGAAAGUACAAGUGCACUUCCAUCUGGCGAUGGUGACGACGACUUGGAAUUCGAAAGUGGCGAUGAUUCUGGUAACUUCGGAUGGGGAAGCAUAUCAACAGCCAACGAGAUUGAAAGUUCAAGUGGACUUCCAUCCGGUGAUGUUAAUGAUGACACAGAAUACGUCAAUAACGGUUAUUCAGGUUUCUCCGGAUACGGACAUCCAUCAGACACUGAUGAUGACGAAGAUUCUGGAUAUUCCGGGUGGGGAAGCGGACGUCCGUCAGGCUAUGAUAACGAUGACUUAGAACAUAAAUAUAUCGAUCACUCUGGUUACUCCGGAUGGGGAAGCGGAUCAGGAAAUUAUGACGAAAAUACUAACAAACGUCCGUCGGGCGAUAAUAAUGACGACACAGAAUAUGAAAAUGGCGGUGGUUCAAAUAAUUCGGGAAGCGGAUUAUAUGAAAAUUACGAUAAUUCAGAAAGUGUUGUAAAUGAAAAUAACCAAGAUAAUGUGCUCCAAGACAAACCGGUUAAUGGAAUAUUAUAUGUUUAAUUUCAAUGAAUUGUUAUUUUACCUUGUAUUUUUUUAAUAAAGAAUGACACAUUGAUUGAGAACAAACAUUUAUAUCACUUUUCACUUAUCUUAUCUUAUCUUAUUUUGCUAGAGAAUAGAAUAGGUUGACUCAUAUAUUUUUACAAAUUGAGAUAUGGUACGACAGUUCUGAGUUACUACAUAAAUUAAAAUAACUUUUUGCGUCAUCUCUUGAAAAACAUUUAAUCAAAAUGUGUGUUUAUAAAAUUGCAUACGUUCUUGACAUUUACUCUUAAGUACAUCAAAAAGCUAAAAAUGAAAUAUAAUCUGCAAUUGAUGGUCAUCUGCUUGUUUAUGCAAAAUUACACAACAGAUGACGAAUUUUUUUUUGAAGAUAACGAAAUGUUCAAGGACAAAGAACCAAUAUUAAAGAUAUCAGAAAUAGGGAAUGAACUAAUUCUUACAGAUGAAAAUACCGUACCUAUUCACAUUUUUUUAAAAGACAACUAUAACAAUUAUGACGGAAGUGGAGCCGGAAGCCGAGCCGGAAGCGGAAUCGAAAUUGUUGAAACCGGAAGUGGGAUGCUUGAAACCAUGGGAAGUGGAAGUGGUAGUGGAAUGCUAAUGGAAGAUGACAUACGCGAAAAUUACGAACCGUAUGAUGAAGAAAUACGAAAAAUAUACUUUCUAUAACUUAAUUUGUAAUAAAUACUAUCAAAAAAUGUUAUGAUUAUGAUUAAAUGACUUGACCUCUUACCACAUCAUUUAUAGAUCAUACGCAAAUUUAAUGUAAAAAAAAACUUUAUAGUACAUAGAACUUAGUAUCCAUUUGACUUCGUCGAAAUGAAGACGAUAUUUCUACUACUUGGUUGUAUGGUUCUCGUUUUUAUCAAUGUAGAGGCCCGAAACUGGUGCGGCGCUUAUUUACAAUGUUCAAACUGUAAUUGCAGUUAUCGUUCAAGGUGUAGGCCACAAAGAUGUAAAUAUAACACCUUUGAUCGAUUCCAACGUCACUGGCAGAUCCCAAAAUCAAUAAAAAUCAAAAAUACAAGUGAUCGCCAAGGUACUUGUCCAAAACAAAGAAUAAAUUGCAUAAUCCCCAAACGUGUGGAUUAUAAAUUAUAUGAAUGUGAUUUCGAUAGGCAAUGUCCGGAUACAUUCAAGUGUUGCUACGACAACUGUUUUAAGAUUAAAAUUUGCAAACAUUUAAUCCCAAAUAAAUCCAACGCAACAUCAAAUUCAGGCUCUAAGACGACAGAUAUGACUGAUACAACAGAAAAAAACAUAACUGAAACUCCUACGAUAGAAAUUAUUACAACAGAGAUUUUUACAACAAAAAGAACAACAACAACAACAACAACAACAGAAGCUGUCACAACAGAAAGUAUCACGACUGAGGCUGCUACGACAACAGAUAUUGCCGCAACAGAGACUAUCACAACAGAGACCGUCACUACAGAGACUGCCACAACAGAAAAUACCACGACUGAAGAUAGUACCACAACAGAGACUACCGAAACGCAAAAUAUCACAACCGAUCAUAUUACGACCGAAUUUGCCAUAACCGAGGCUCAAGAAAGUUCAACUCUGUCUUCUGAAGAGUAUUCAGACGGUUUUAUAGAUAAUGAAUAUGAAUAUAAUGAAUAUUAAAACUCUUUGUUUUGAA